CUUGUUACCUGGCAACUACUCCAGGAAGAUUGACAAUCCGACAGCGCGGUCGAUUCACGGGACACAGUGGAAAGAAACACAACUUUUGAAAAGUCCAAAAAAGGGAAAUUAGGCAGGUCAGGGGGUAAUAGCAUUUCACUUUCUACCAUGACAACGACACCCACUCCCAGCUAAUGCUUUGUUGUAGGCCAGCUUAAAGGCUUGACGGUCAGUAUACGGUAUGUGAAUUGAAGGCAGCAUUGAAGUUUGUUAGCUCGAGGCACACGUUUCGAAACUACAUUUCGUCGUGACUGUUCACUCAAACCAUUCCUUUCUAACACUUAGUAAAUGACUAUUUUAUGUAAAACGUAUUCAAAUGACCGUAUUCCCCCUAAUGAUACGUGUUUUUUUUGUUGUUUUUUUUUGUCGUGAGAAGUGCCGGAUGUAGCGUCAAUGACCUUUUAAAAAGUCGGAGCAUAAGAUUACCUAACAUUGUGGGGACUCUGCAGGCGAAUCCCAAAAGACUGCUUUUCAAGAAGCUUUCUUUGUUGCAGAAGAGGAUGCACAAAGCUUUAGUGAAACACUUCAGACAACGUAGCCUCCACGGCGAGGCUGAACUGGACUGCUGCCAGGCUCUUUGUCAAGAAGCCAACCAGAAAAUACAACCAGCUCAGCUUCAGCGUCCCCAGGUGACCGCGCCACUGAGCCCGCGCUCGCUCCAUCGCACCCCACUCCACGCCUGCUGCCACCCUGAAGGUAGAUGCAUCACGCCGGGGGACUGUACAGCCGCAGCAGCACCCCCACCCCGCCCUAAAGCCUUGUCCUUUGGUCUCCUACACAUGCACAUAACUCUCUUGGUCUCCAUACAACCCGGACUCUUCACUCAGGUGGCGUCCACAGUCAGGAAGUCAUGUCCAGAUCGGGUGAUCGAACGUCGACCUUUGACCCAACACACAGUGACACACUGCUGCAUGGGCUCAACCUCCUGUGGAGGAAGCAGCUUUUCUGCGAUGUGACUCUCACCGCCCAAGGACAGCACUUCCACUGCCACAAAGCAGUGCUAGCGUCCUGCUCCCAGUAUUUCAGAUCGCUCUUCUCCUCGCAUAAUGCCAUCAACAAUGAGGGCGGGAAAGGAGACCAGGGCAGCAGUGGCACCCCCUCGUCCUCGCCUGAUGACAAGCUGGUGGCCCCUAGCGCCAGGCCCAUAAAUAACCUGGUCCUGCAGGGCUGCUCUUCCAUUGGACUAAGACUAGUGCUGGAGUACCUCUACACUGCCAACGUGACUCUUUCCCUGGACACAGUGGAAGAGGUGCUGUCGGUCAGCAAGAUUCUCAACAUCCCCCAGAUCACCAAACUCAGCGUGCAGUUCCUCAAUGACCAGAUAUCGGUGCAGAACUACAAGCAGAUCUGCAAGAUUGCUGCCCUCCACGGGCUGGACGAGACCAAGAAGCUGGCCAACAAGUACCUGGUGGAGGACGUGCUGCUGCUUAAUUUUGAGGAGAUGUGCGGCAUGUUGGACGCUCUGCCGCCCCCAGUGGAGUCGGAGUUGGCUCUCUUCCAGAUGUCGGUGCUUUGGCUGGAGCAUGACCGAGAGACCCGCAUGCAUUACGCGCCGGACCUCAUGAAGAGGCUGCGCUUUGCCCUCAUCCCGGCACCGGAGCUGGUGGAGAGGGUGCAGUCGGUAGACUUCAUGAGGAGUGAUCCCGUCUGCCAGAAGCUGCUGAUGGACGCCAUGAACUACCACCUGAUGCCCUUCAGGCAGCACUGCAGGCAGACCACAGCCAGCAGAAUCCGUUCCAACAGGAGAAUGUUGUUACUGGUGGGUGGUUUACCUCCUGGACCUGAUCGCCUGCCCAGCAAUUUGGUCCAGUACUAUGAUGAUGAAAAAAAGACAUGGAAGAUUCUCACAAUAAUGCCUUAUAACAGUGCCCAUCACUGCGUUGUGGAGGUGGAAAACUUCCUGUUGCUCCUAGGAGGAGAGGAUCAGUGGAACCCCAAUGGAAAACACAGCACUCAUUUUGUAAGUCGCUAUGAUCCCAGAUUCAACAGUUGGAUACAACUUCCGCCUAUGCAGGAGAGGCGAGCCAGCUUUUUUGCCUGCCGUCUGGAAAAACACAUCUAUGUGAUCGGCGGUCGGAACGAGACUGGCUACCUCUCCAGCGUGGAGUCGUACAACCUGGAGACCAAUGAGUGGAACUAUGUGUCGUCUCUGCCACAGCCUCUGGCCGCCCACGCUGGAGCGGUGCAUAAUGGAAAAAUCUACAUAUCAGGUGGCGUCCACAAUGGCGAGUAUGUGGCCUGGCUCUACUGCUACGACCCUAUAAUGGACGUGUGGGCUCGCAAGCAGGACAUGAACACAAAACGCGCUAUUCACACGCUCGCCGGAAUGAACGACCGCCUCUACGCGAUCGGGGGGAACCAUUUGAAAGGUUUCUCUCAUUUAGACGUAAUGCUCGUGGAGUGUUACGACCCCAAAGCCGACCAGUGGAGCAUCCUCCAGACGCCCAUCCUGGAGGGUCGCAGCGGUCCGGGCUGCGCCGUCUUGGAUGACAGCAUCUUCCUUGUGGGGGGCUACAGCUGGAGCAUGGGGGCCUAUAAGUCGUCAACAAUCUGCUACAGCCCAGAGAAGGCAACAUGGACAGAGUUGGAGGGAGAAGUGGCAGAACCUCUCGCGGGGCCGGCUUGUUCAACCGUCAUUCUUCCCGCCUGCCUCCCAUUUAACAAAUGACAACUAAUCCGGCCGAAAGGCGACGAUGACGGCCAGUUCCACAUCGAUUGGGAAGAAUCGCCCCAAUAAGAAGUCAACAAUUUUACAACUGACGCCGGUUGUGUGUAUAAAUUAUUUUUUUACAAGUUUGACAGGAGCACUUUUGUUCUUCCCCUCCGAAGGUGUGAAGAGAAAGGGAAACAAGCGGUGUAAAGUCAUGUAUCUAAACUUCUCUGUGCUCUGAGAAUGGUUUAUAUUAAGUAUGAUUUAUUUACACUGUUAGUGGGUGUUUUUGGCUUCUCCUCUUUAGCACGCAUAGUGUCGAGCUCAGUGCUAGCUUUCAGCUCCGUCGUAUCCUGUAGCCACAUAAACCCAAUGACAGACUGAGAGAGAGAGAGAGAGAGAGAGAGAGAGAAAGAGAGAGAGAGAGAGAGAGGGGGGGAUCAUUCCCACUGGAACUUGGAACUAAACCAGCACUGGGUGAGUUACUUUUAUUGUGAUGUAUAAAUAGUCAUCAUGGCUCACUAUGUUUUUGUGGAUUGUGCACUAAAUCUGAACACCUGGUCACCUACUUACAUCAUAUUUUCUCCUUUUCUUUUGGUUCGGAAAAGUCUCACGUUCAUGCAUCCAAAGUGAUCCAGAAAACUGGUUUGCUGUGAUUAAAAAUACACUGUACAAAACAUGAUUAACAUACCAAUUCCCAAUGUUGAUGCGACGCACUAAUUAACGUUGACGCUAAUGAUGGUACAAUCAAAUUGCUCACCCAUGUAUCGGAAGCAUUUUUGGGUAAACCCAAAAGUGGCGAAUUUGUUUCUGCUGCCUCGUGCAACUAAUAGACGCCACCUCCAGAAGUAUUAUCGGAUACCAAGCUUCCAAAUCUGAGCAUACAGCAGACCUUAAUGCACUUAAAGUGAACUGCAGAGUUCAUUGUAUUGUAAAUGAAUCAUUGUGAUGUUUUAACUAAAAAAAACAAACCUCUUAGUACAAAUGAGUCCAGCCUAGUUUAUGUCACUGAGUGAAAAAAGAAACAAAAAAGUUGACUCUAAAUGUUGAAUCCUGUAAAGGUUUUGUUGACUUCAUUCUUGUACAUAAUCGCUUGCAGUGAAACAUUUUUGUGCACUCAACCUUUUGGAUUUAUUCUCAAAUCCUGUUAUGUCCUUUGCAUUUUAGAAUAUGGAA